UGCCGACUAGUCAGAAACUGGACAACAAAAGGGGACCUACUUGCCGUCAAUUGAAGGAGAAUUGACUCAGCAAACGUAACUCAGUUUACCAGAAAUUUUACGGUAAAACAAAAGCAAACUUCGCUGAGCCACCUGGACUUCAUGUAAACAUGAAAUGAAUUAUUUACUAAAAGACGCGUGGGAAUAGUUGUUUACAAAUUGAACUAGUUUCAAAAAUAACAAGAUCUACUGCACGUAAAUUUUAGUUUCCUACAAUAAAAUAAAACCUCAGAAAUGGAAGAUGAAAAUGACAGAUCAAAGCCACAAUGUGAAAAUAUUCUAUUUGACUUAUGUUCUUUACGAGAACGAUAUCCUCUGAAAUGCGCAAAUAUUUUCGAAGAUUGCUUGCACACCACUAACACCAUAAACAUGAAACCAUUAAAGUCAACCAGGACACAAGUUCAACAUACCUCGUUAAUAAAACCGCACGAAACAAUUAUAGGAGAUAUUUUUUCAACGCCGAAAGAACAGAAGAAAAACAGUAAUUUUACGAGAACGAUGCCUAUGGAAGUUGAGAACUUGAAAAUAUUAUUCAAUCAAAUAAAAACGACGGAAUCGCUUAUUUAAAAUUUUAUUCAACGUCUUAGUGAUUUCUGAUUCACUUAAUACCAGCGAUGCUGAUAAUAAACUAAUUGGUUCCAAAGAUUUUCGAUUCUGACGAGAAAAAGAUUUUCAUGUUUUUACGGUCUUGUAAUAUUUAUUUAUCGAAUAAACAACUUGGAGGGUAAAAAAUAUUAUUUUCUGCUGUAG